AAGAUAGAGCCAAAAAGCGAAGACCCCGAAGAAGACCACCACCACCACCACCGCCACCACUGUUCCUCCUCCCAUUCCAGCUCCCCUCUUCUUCUUCACCUUCUUCCUCUUCAUCUUCUCCUUCUCCUUCUCCUUCUCGUUCUUCUCCUCCUCCUCUCGAUCACCUCCCCCACUCCUUCGAGAUUCGCUGCUGUGGGUUUUGGAUUGGAUUAGAUUCGAUUCGAUCCGACGGGGCGAGGGGGAAGGACCUUGUUGUCGACUUGUCCUCCCUCGAAUUCCCCGGGUCAAAGUGCUCUCCGUCGAGGGUCUUAGUUACCGCCGCUGUGGACUGACAUCUGCAGUUAUAUAUAGCUUAUGAACUGAGCAGAGGCUUAGCGCCUGUGCUUUUCUGGGACUCGGAAAAUGUUGGACGGAGGCCAGAAAUUUCCUGGAAUCAUUGGUCUGAAGAACCAUGAUAACAAUUAUUAUGAUUUGUCCCAAGGGUUCUAUCAUAAACUCAGCGAGGGUUCCAACAUGUCGAUAGAGAGCUUUGGUAGCCUGCAAACAAGCAAUGGCGGAGGGUCUGUUGCGAUGUCCGUAGAUAACAGCAGUGUCGAUUCUAGCGAUUCCCAUACUCGCAUCCUGAAUCACCAAGGCCUGCGACGGCGUGCCAAUGACAACUAUUCUGUUCAACGGAGUGUGAAUAGAGGAAGAGUCACACAGGCCUUGAGUGAUGAUGCAUUGGCCCAAGCUCUUAUGGAUAAUAGUUCCCCAACCUUGGGACUUGGAAAUUUUGAUGAGUGGACUAUCGAUUUGAGAAAACUCAAUAUGGGUGCUCCUUUUGCGCAAGGGGCUUUUGGAAAGCUGUACAGAGGUACUUACAAUGGCGAGGAAGUUGCCAUCAAGAUCUUGGAGAGGCCAGAGAAUGACCUAGAGAGGGCACAGCUGAUGGAGCAGCAGUUUCAGCAAGAAGUCAUGAUGUUGGCCACAUUGAAACAUCCUAACAUUGUCCGAUUCAUUGGUGGAUGUCAUAAGCCAAUGGUCUGGUGCAUCGUUACAGAAUAUGCAAAAGGAGGUUCAGUUCGGCAGUUUUUGAUGAAACGGCGCAAUCGGGCUGUUCCGUUGAAAUUGGCUGUCAGACAGGCUUUGGAUGUUGCUAGGGGAAUGGAGUAUGUUCACGGGCUUGGUUUGAUCCACAGAGACUUAAAAUCUGACAAUCUACUAAUUUUCUCCGAUAAAUCAAUCAAAAUUGCUGAUUUUGGGGUUGCUCGAAUUGAGGUCCAGACCGAAGGAAUGACACCGGAGACAGGGACUUACCGUUGGAUGGCCCCGGAGAUGAUCCAGCACAGGCCCUACACUCAGAAAGUGGAUGUAUAUAGUUUUGGAAUCGUCCUGUGGGAACUAAUCACAGGAAUGCUUCCCUUCCAAAACAUGACCGCUGUGCAGGCGGCAUUUGCUGUUGUCAACAAAGGUGUCCGCCCAAUCAUCCCCGGAGAUUGUCUACCCAUUCUCGGCGACAUCAUGACUAGAUGCUGGGAUGCCAACCCAGAUGUCAGGCCUCCUUUCACUGAAGUGGUGAGAAUGCUUGAGAAUGCAGAGACUGAAAUCAUGACUACUGUUCGCAAGGCUCGCUUCAGGUGUUGCUUGACCCAACCAAUGACUUUGGAUUGAUUCUGAGUCAUCGGGAAAUAAGGCCAUGGCGACAUACAUGAUACAAGGGCUCGAAGAAGAAGAAGAAGAAGAAGAAGAAGAAAGGGGUUGUGACGGGAGUUCAAAUUCCAGGUCUAAGUAGAAUUAAUUGUAGUUGAAGAAGGUAUUAAAUGUGUGUAUACUUGUGUUCUUUGCUUAUACGUCAGCUUAACUGCUAUGAUUAUGCUGUGUACACUUGAUUGAGAACUCUAUUUUGAUUUUUACCUAAGUAUGCCAGUUUCUCGGUUUUUUACGA